AUUCAAAGAAAUUUGUCUCUGAAAAACUUGACACUAAAAAACUCAAUUAACAUAAUGAAAUAUAAGUGAAGAGUGUUUUAGUGAAUUAUGAUUGUAAUUAUGUAUAAUUGAUAGCAUCUUGUAAUUAUAGAAACAAAAUAUUUACAAAUAUACAAUACAUGGUAUAGCUUAAGAAAGGGUCAGAAUCUGAAUGGAGCUGCCAACUUGGAUCCAUGAAGACGACGACGUUUUCCUGGACGCGUUUCACCCCUGCCCCUCCGAGGACACGCCGGACCCUCUUGAUUCCGCUUCCACGCUUUCGGAUCCUCGCCCCCAACCCAACCCGCACUCUCCGGCGACCACAAUCCGCCGCCGAUCACUUCGUCGCGGUUUUCCGGCUACUCAAUCCCCAGAUUCGAGUAUCGAGAGCAAUUUGAUCGAUGCCGAUUCGGGAAGAGUAUUCCGGUACCGGCCGAGGCACAGAAAUCUCAAUAAAUACGAGAAUUCUGAGGAGAAACCCGAUUCGGAAGAAGCGCAACGCAUCAUUGCCUCGAAAGAAGACAACUGCGAGGGCUCCACCGUAACUUCAGCUGCCAGAGACGACGCAGCCGGCUAUUCCGUUGACUCGGCGCCGCGACUCAGUGACUCGUCUUCGAGUCUCCUCGAACUCACCACGGGGUUGGUGAUUAACUUAUUAGGGUUUCAGAUGAGGUUAAUGUUCAUGUUUGUGACUUACCCGUUGUUGUUCAUGUUUCAUUUGUGCAUGUUUUUCAUGGAUCCUUUGGGGACAACGAGGAGGGGCAAGGAUUUCUUGAUAGGGAUUUUGAGCAGAGUUUAUGGUUUUGCGUAUUCGUGCAUUAGGCCUUAUGUUAAUAGUUGGUUUAAGGAGGACGAGUCGAUUUGGAGCGUGGCAUUUCGGUUUGGGUGGGGAUUCUUGUGGUCAAUCUACGUUUGUUGCGUUUUGUUUGGUUUGCUUGUUUCGUCGUUUGUGUUUAGUGGGUUUUUGAUGAAGUGCUUGGUGGAGAAGCCUAUUCAUAUGAGGGGGGUUUUGAACUUUGAUUAUACUAAGCAUAGUCCUGUGGCGUAUGUGCCCGUAAUGUCGUGUGCUGGUGCUGUUGGUGGGAGAGGUUCUGGGAAUAAUGUUGAUGCUCGUAAGUGGGUGGGGGAACGGGUUAUACCUUCUAAGCACAAGGUGCAACUCACUAUUUCGUUGAGAGUGCCAGAGUCAGGAUACAACAGAAACCUUGGGAUCUUUCAGGUGCUUAUAUAUGAUAUAUUCACUUCAAUGGUAGAUUUCCUAUUGUCUAAUGGUAAAGCUAUUGCAAGCUCAAGUCAACCUUGCAUGUUAAGAUUCAGAAGUGAGCCUAUUCGCCUAGUCACAACUCUGCUCAAGAUUGCUCCUCUUGUUACUGGCUACAUAUCCGAAACACAGACUCUGAAUGUGAAGAUGAGAGGUUUCGUAGAAAGAGAUGCUCCUACUUCGUGCUUGAAAGUGACACUUGAGCAACGAGCAGAAUAUCAACCAGGUGCAUGCAUUCCUGAAAUAUAUGAUGCAUCUAUGAUUAUUGAAUCCGAACUUCCCUUAUUCAAGAGGAUUAUUUGGAUUUGGAAGAUGAGCAUAUUUAUAUGGGUCGCCAUGAUGGCAUUCUUCACGGAGUUACUUUUUGCUCUUGUGUGUUGUAGGCCUGUAAUAAUUCCGAAAACAAGGCAAAGGGUGGCUUCUUCCCGUGGUCCUUCAACCUUAAACAGUCUUCAGGCACAAAGUUGAGACUACUCCUUUCCCAGGCAUUAUUAUAAUAAUGGAAGUAAGGUUGUUGUCUAACAGUUUAACCUAGCAUGUGUUGACACGCUAACUGUUGUUUACUGAGGCAUCCUAACACCUAAUUUUUUUUAUUUUUUUUUAAUUCUCUUCCUGUUGAAUUUCCUUUGUACAUUCUGAAUAGCACGCUAUGUAUAGUGUAAUUUGUAUUAAAAUGCCAGAAAUGGAAAUUUUUUUAGCUUA